AUGGUAGCAAGACGACAAGCGCCUGAAGAUCCCAUAGCUAUACCUCCCGCUGUGCAACCACCGCUUCAAGCGACUCCGACGUGGCCGGCUAAUUCAGCGAUUCCUGGAGCUCCUAUCAGCCAACGUCCUAAUACAAUCAAUACGUGGACUGCGCUACCUGAAGCAUCUCCUACCCCUCAAUAUGUUCCUGGAGAUAGAAUGACCAGUGUCAAACCCCAAACAACUGGCUUCAGUACUGGAAUACUGACUGGUGCGAUUGGCGGUUCUGUUGCUGGAAGUGCGCUUCUAACUCUCAUUGCUGCGUACCUCUUCUUUGGCCGCCGGAAAUCGAGAGGGGAGAGCAACCUUGAAGGCAGGCAGACAAAAGAACCGUUGGGGGACAAGAACUACGAUAUUGAAACAGCUAGCUCCCGGGACCAUUUGAGUAGCAAUCUUCCAUUUGCCUGGACUACAGAUAAGACAAACGCAGUUGGUUCUCUUGAUAUACACGCGGAGCAAAGUGGUUUAAGAAACUAUAUUCCUACUCCAGCGGAUAACAAGACAGUGGAGAGCCGUAUCUUGACCGUCUUUGAUCAUCCUGCCCUCCAUAUCAAGAAUUACUACAUUUUCAGCUCACCUUCGAAUUCUGAAUCUGAGCAUUUAUCUCAAUAUUCUCUCAUUCUAGCUACCUUUCAUGCUGCCCUAUUUGCUUCCGGAUCUGAAGUAACUUCAUUCCUUCCACCUCCAUUUACUGCCGCUAGGGAUUUCCGUGAUAUGCAACUACAACAAGACCAAGAAGAAAGCCAGGUUCACUUCUACUGGAGAAUGUUAACCGCAAGCAGUUACCGAGGUAUGCCAGAUGCACAAAAGCAAGCAUACCUCUCCACCAGGGCUGAGAACAUUUCGAAAGCCGUCGAUGCUUUUACAGCUGCAUUCCGACUAUUCGCAAACCCUCAAUAUCUAGAGUCAGAGAGAAUACGCCAUCCAACCAAAGUAAUGGAGGAUACAGCAGAGCUAGGAAUUUGGCUCUUUGAACAGCCGUGUGGGUUCGAGUUCAUUUGGAGCAACUUAGCUGCUGGACAGGUUGUUAUAUCUCCUACGGUGGUGAAAGUGAGUGAUGAACAUGGGGAACUGCUACAAGCCACAAAGACUAUAGUCAAGGCGGAUACUUCAUGUUAUAUCUAA